AUGCCCCCUCCUCUUCAAGCCGCAUACAAGCGCAUCAAGCGCCCCCAGAUUGGGGAGAAUGGCUAUACUGGUUUCCACCCCGGCAAGACUGAAGUCCUUCCCGCCGGAUGGAACGGCUUCAACGCAAAGCCUUUGAAGUCUCCCAUUCGCGUCGACCACAAUGUGGAAAUCGUCAUGCGCGAUGGCGUUCGCCUGUACGUCGACGUCUACCGCCCGGCGGACAUCACAGAGCCCGUCCCCGCGGUUCUGAGCUGGUCCUUCUAUGGCAAGAAAUACAGCGCGCUGGACAUGCUGCCCAUGUGCACAUGGAAAUGCUGCGUGCCCAGCUCAGACCUAAGCGGUUUAGAAAAGUUUGAAGGCCUCGAUCCCCAGGCAUGGUGCCCUAGAGGCUACGCGAUCGUUAGAGUUGAUUCGCGUGGCGCCGGCAACAGCGACGGUCUGAUCGGGGUUAUGGGUCAGCAGGAAGCCGAAGACGGAUACGAUGUUGUCGAAGCCAUUGCAAAGAUGGACUGGUGCAAUGGCUGCAUCGGUAUGGCUGGCAACUCGGCUCUGGCUAUCUCGCAGUGGUUCAUUGCUUCGCAGCAGCCCCCUUCGCUCAAGGCCAUCGCGCCCUGGGAGGGCUCGGGCGAUAUCUACCGCGAGCAGUUCUGUCGCGGCGGAUGGUUCUCUAUGAGCAAUUUCGAUCUGAUCACCAAGGAGAUUGUGCGAGGGCACGAGAAUUCCGGCAUUGAAGAUUUCGAGGAGAUGUACCGCCGCUCCCCGGUCUCCAAUCCCUUCUGGGAGGAUAAGCGCGUGGACAUGACCAAGAUCCAGUUCCCGGUGUACAUCCGCGGAUCCGACGUCAGUUCCAUUCACACGAUGGGUUCUGUCCGGGCGUGGCUGGAGAUCCCGCACGACCAGAAAUGGAUUCAAUGGGGCAGCAAGCAGGAGUGGUAUGAACUGUACAGUUGCCCCGAGUCCAUGGAAGAGCUGGGAGUGUUCUUCGACCGCUACCUCAAGGGCCUUGGCAAUGGAUGGGAGAAGAAGACCCCCAAGGUGCGCUGGUCGGCGUUGCAGUUUGGCGAUCGUCCCGCCAUCAAUAAUAUUGUCCUCGAGGAUUUUCCUGUCCCCAACACCGAGUAUCGCGAGUUCUUCCUGUCCGGAGACAAGUCUCUCAGCCAGAGCCCGGUCGCCAAGUACGAAACAUUGUCCUAUGAUUCGGAAAAGUCCAGCGACUUCCUCGCCUUCACUCAUACCUUUGACCAGCCAGCGAGACUGAUCGGUCUCCCCAAGGCCGUCCUGUAUAUGUCCUGCGAGGAUCGCGAUGACUUCGUCGUCUUUGCCAUCUUGCGCAAGCUCGAUAAGAAUGGCAAGCCACUGAUGCACCUGAACUUCCCUAUUGAAGCCACGCCUGUCGAGUCGAUCGAUCAGAUCCCUCCCAAGGACCAGGCCAGUCUGAACCUUCACCUGGGAUCAGUGGGUAUCCUCCGUGCCUCUCACCGGGCCAUUGACGAAUCGAAGAGCAUCCACCCCCAGUUUUCCUUCCAUCCUCACAGGAAGCAGGAAAAGAUCAAGCCUGGACAGAUUGUGCGGUUGGAGAUUGGUAUUUGGGCGAUGGGCGUCGAUUUUGACGCCGGAGAGUCGAUCAGCCUACGGGUUUCGGGUCAAUAUCCCAGUAUUGCCGAGUAUAAGACGUGGUCGAAGCCCCGUCCGGAGCAUGAGUUGAAUCGGGGGAAGCAUUUCGUUCAUUGUGGUGGAGAUUACCCCAGUUCAGUCAUUUUGCCUUUUAUCUGA